UUAUGGCAUCUCGAAUCAGUUGUGCUCAGCAAUUGCGAAUACUCUCAAAAUGCUUGCACAUCACAUGAUAACAAAUUAAAAUUUAUUAUAAGGAUAUAUAUUUAAUUCUAAGCCAAAAGAAAAAUGCUCAAUGCAAAUUGCAACUUUUAAUGAAGCAACCAAAAAUACUCAUGAGAAAGCAAAAUGACGAGAACAAGCCAUAAAAAGAACAGACCGUUCGAUAUUAAACUAAUAUCACUGGUUCAACCUCACCCAGUACUUUAUCAUAGACAUUGGGGAGGACUUUCAACUUUCGAAUGCAUGAAGGAAAAGAAUCGUAUAUGGAACAUGAUAGCUUCAGAUUUGGGAACUAACCCUGAAUUUUGUCUAAGCCGAUGGAACAAUCUGCGAAAUCAUUUUCAGCGGGAACUUCGACAUUGUCGCGAUUUGUGUCCUAAGGAAGGAAUCAUUCGAGGAUCCACAUGGCCUUAUCUCGAAAGAAUGCGUUUUUUGGAGUUUACCAACAUUUUCGACAAGCCUAAAAAAGCUUUAAACAUAAAGUAUGGAUCAAAAGGCUCAAAAAACAAACUGCUUGAAACUAAUGAAAGAGUUUUCACGGGCGAAGCCGAUAAAAGCAUUGAAAUGUCUAGGCUUUUGGACAAAACUACAAGUGAAGCUUUAGAGAAUGAAACAAGUACUGCUUUCCAAAUCUCAGACAAAUCAUCUGUUCACUAUAGCGUUGAAAACUGUGGGCAAAUAGCAUACUUGCUAAGGAAAGUUCGUAGCGAAAGGAAGGCCCAAAUAGAACGACGUAUAUUGGCAUACCUUUGCAAAUGUCAAUUAAGAGCAAUCACUAACAAAGAUAUAUCUGACAUAAAAGUUUAAUAUAAUUUUUUUUUAAAUACUUUCUAAAUGCUUUACUACUUUACUUACACUCAUGGAAAACAAAGUUUACAACGAAGGCUUAUACAUAUUUUAAUUAAUUAUGUACAGUAAAUAAACGAUAAUUGUAGGAAUUCAACAAUUUAA